AUGGCAGCUACCAGCAGAUCUAGGAAAACCCUCAUUACAGAAAAUUCAGCAGCACUUAGAAGCGUUUGGCACCACAAUGAUCUGGUUGUGAUAGACUCGGGUGCUCUUCCCUUGGAAGAUGUAUUCAAGCUUAUCUGUGAGGGUGAAAAUUUGCCUGUCAUUGCGGAGGAAGAACUUCAGUCCUUACGAGCUCGAAGUAUGUUACACUGCGUUUGUCUAAAGCCAUACAACUCAAGAUCCAUGGUUUCUUGUAGUCAGUGUGGGGAAUGGUAUCACACCUAUUGUGUUAAACUUCAUUGGCGGACUGAGGCUUAUGUCUGCUCCGCUUGCUGUCCAGCAGAAUCCUCUCCGCAUAUUGAUCCCCUCAAAUCAAUGGAGCUAAAGACACCGUUACUGAGCCAUAGACGGCCAGGGCAGUAG